AUGAACCCGAAAUUUAUCGAUGGCGUGAAUCAUACUCUCUAAUCGACUAUCCCCGCACGAUAUUUUUUGAGCGGCCGUCUCUUCCACCCGUCAUUCGCGACUGUGCGCGCUUCGAUCUCUCACGUAUUCAAUAUAACGAUGGCUUCGAAACCGCAACUCACUUCGGAGGCCGCUUGGCAAAAACUCCAGGAAUAUUACAACUCCACCGGGAAGAAUCUCGUCAUCAAGGAUCUCUUCGCCAAUUACUGUGGGCAAUUCAACGAUUUUAGCUUGACUUUGAACACCCCGAAUGAUGGCCCAAUCCUCAUUGAUUACUCCAAAAACCGCAUCACAAAAGAAGCCCUGCAAUUGCUCUUGGACCUCGCCAAAGCUCGUGGCGUUGAAGAGGCCCGAGAUGCAAUGCUCAAGGGUGAAAAGAUCAACAUUACUGAGAACAGGGCGGUCUUACACACAGCUCUCCGUAACCGUUCCAACAACCCCAUCUUGGUUGAUAACAAAGAUGUCAUGCCAGAGGUCAACGGUGUUCUUGAACACAUGAAGCAAUUUACCAACUCCAUCUUGUGUGGACAAUGGAGAGGAUAUUCUGGAAAACAAAUCACUGAUGUAGUCAACAUUGGCAUUGGUGGUUCUGAUUUGGGCCCCUUGAUGGUUACUGAAGCCCUUAAGCCCUACAACAAGGGUCUACAUUUGCAUUUUGUUUCCAACAUUGAUGGAACUCACUUGGCUGAAGUCUUGAAGAAAGUUGAUCCUGAGACUGUUCUCUUCAUCAUUGCUUCUAAGACCUUUACCACCCAGGAGACAUGCACUAACGCUAAAUCCGCUAAGGACUGGUUCCUUGGUUAUGCCAAAGAUCCGGCAGCAGUUGCAAAACACUUUGUGGCACUCAGUACUAACGCUGAGAAAGUGGCUGAAUUCGGAAUUGAUACUGCCAACAUGUUCCAAUUUUGGGAUUGGGUUGGAGGCAGAUACUCGUUGUGGUCUGCCAUUGGUUUGAGUAUUUGUUUGUCCAUUGGAUUUGAUAACUUCACUCAACUUCUUGAAGGUGCCCACUUUAUGGACAACCACUUCAAGUCUGCUCCACUAGAGAAAAACGCACCAGUAAUUUUGGCCCUUUUGGGAAUUUGGUAUUCCAACUUCUUUGGAGCUGAAACUCAUGCCCUCCUCCCAUAUGACCAAUACUUGCACAGAUUUGCUGCCUAUUUCCAACAGGGUGAUAUGGAAAGUAACGGAAAGUACGUCACCAAAGCCGGCAAAGUUGUCGAUUUUGCUACUGGUCCGAUAGUUUGGGGUGAACCCGGCACCAACGGCCAACACGCCUUCUACCAACUCAUUCACCAGGGUACCAGACUCAUUCCUGCUGAUUUUAUUGCCCCCGUCCAAACCCAUAACCCCAUUAGCUCAGGCAUUCACCACAACAUUCUGCUUUCCAAUUUCCUGGCUCAAACUGAAGCUCUCAUGACAGGCAAAACUACUGAGCAAGCCAAGGCUGAACUGACCAAAGCCGGACUCAGUGGUGAGCAAUUGGAGAAAUUGUUGCCUCAUAAAGUUUUCCAAGGCAACAGGCCUACCAACAGUAUUAUAGUGAAGAAGGUCACACCCUUCACCUUGGGUGCUCUUAUUGCAAUGUACGAAAUGAAAAUCUUCGUUCAAGGAAUUAUUUGGGAUAUUAACUCCUUUGACCAAUGGGGUGUAGAAUUGGGCAAGCAGUUAGCCAAGGCCAUUGAACCUGAACUUCAAGACAAUAAUCCUGUUAGCACUCACGACUCCUCGACCAACGGUCUCAUCAACUUCAUUAAGGCCAACCGUUAAGUACCUCCCCCAUACUUGUUAGAGUAUUUAAAUAUAUCAACUAGCUUUAAUUGUGAAAACAAGGACAUUUGAUAGAUUGUAUAUUUAUGAUUUGUUAUUGUAAAAGCGUAUAUAUUGUUUUUAAUAAAAUAUAUUAAUUAGA